AUGAAGACGAAUCUGGCAGUCCUUGCCCUCGGGCUUCAGCUUCGCACGGCUCUGGGUCAAUUUGUUUCUCCUUCUCCCCUAGAAGAUACAGGUGUCGUUCUAGAAAGCCAGAAUGUCUCUGCCGCCAGGUUCAUCGGGUCUCCGGCUCAAAUCCAAGCCCUUCCGAAAAAGACUCGCUACGGUCCAAACGUCGUCGGCUUCCACCAGGACGGCGGCAACACCAGAACAAACGACUGGGAUGGUCCUCUAGGAGUGUCCCCCGUUGUUGCGAGUCGCUCCAUUGCCAUCUCGGCCCAAUACUGGCACAGCGACAACCGACUCACGGCACGCUCCGUCUGCACCGAUGCUGAGGAGCCCUACUUCUGCAUCGCUGCCUUUGAUCCUGAUACCAUGGACGUGUUAGGGACGUGGGCUCCCGAGAACAUGACGCUGCUUUCUCCGUACAUCUCGGUGGCCGGGAACACCAUCAUUAUGCCGACCAUGGAGAGGCACAUUUUCGAAGUUGAACGCAUCGAUGGCGUCAAUGACACCACCUUCGCCCAGACACGGGACAUCGAUCUCACCUCCGUACUCCCCCAAGGUCACAGCGCUGUCAGCAGCUAUCUCGACGAGGAGGAGAACGUGUGGUUCACAUCUGUUGCCCUCAUGAUAACCGGUACAUCCGAAGACUUUUCAAUCCUUGGAUAUGUUACACCAGGCGGUGUCGUGCACACGAUUGCCAUUGCUGGCCAGAGAAUCGAGAAUUCGAUCGCCAUAAGCGGGAGAACUGUCUACCUCAACACCGGCCCCCAGGCAUCAGACACCAACAGGAGCACCAUCGGCCACAUGUUCGCCUUCCGCGCAGAUGCGAACGAUGGGCAGAUCAGGGCUUUGUGGAACGCAACCUACGACGCCGGCAGCUCAGCCAAGCCUGGCGGCUUCUCUCAGGGCUCCGGAUCAACUCCUUCACUAGUUGGCGAUAAAUAUGUUGCCAUUACCGACAACGCCGACGCUCAAGUCAACCUGCUCAUCUACCGCCAAGUUCCCAGCGACGCCGAAACCCUUCCAGAGGGAGGCUUGCCUCUGGUUUGCGAGGUCCCCCUAUUCCAGCCGAACGGCAGCGCCAACGAGAACGCGAUGGUUGGUUACUUCGAUGGGAAAACUUACAGCGUCAUCAUGAAUAACAACUACGGGGCUCCGGAGAUGCAGGACCUAGGAGCGUCUAACGACAAGAACGGCGAGUUCAAUGACUUUGCGCCGCUGGCUCCUGGAAUCACACGCGUGGACAUCACCCUUGACGAAAUCUGCGAGGCGCGCUGGACUUUGGAUGUCCGAUCGACAAGCGUUCUUAGCCUCUCGACUGCGAACGGCCUCGUGUAUUCCUACACCCAGGAUGAGGAGCUUGCGAGCCAGGGGCUCUACGCUUGGUAUUUCACGGCUAUCGACUUUCGGACGGGCGAGAUUGUUUGGCGUAUCUACGCUGGAGCUGGUGGUUCUUUCAACAAUAAUGUUGCUCCUACGCAGUUGUCCCCCAAUGGGGGUCUCUAUCAGGUUGUCGCGGGCGGCGUCACAUGGUUAAAAGAUGCCUAA